AUGGGGGAUUCAAAAUCGCCAGGGCCAGAUGGGUUCACAGCAGCUUUCUUCAAAAAACAUUGGACCAUAGUUGGACAAUCGGUUUGUGAAGCGGUUCAUAGUUUCUUCAAUUCAGGUUACCUCCUUAAAGAAUGGAAUCAUUCCUUGUUGGUUAUGAUUCCGAAAAGAGAUUUACCAGAAGACACAACUCAUCUAAGACCGAUAAGUUUGUGUAACACGGUCUACAAGUGUGCUUCUAAAUGUUUGGUGAUGAGAUUAAAGACUAUUCUUCCGACCAUUAUUUCUCCAUUCCAGCAUGCUUUUAUCUCAGGACGUUUCAUGACUGAUAACAUUUUAUUGAGUCAUGAGGUGAUUGAAAAGAUUAAUUGCCAUCGAAGGGGUGGAAGCUACCUGGCAUCCCUUAAAAUCGAUAUGAGCAAGGCCUAUGAUAGAGUGCACUGGGACUUCCUUAUUCAAGUUCUUAGGGGUUAUGGCUUUCCGCAGCAUUGGUUAAGGCUAAUCCAUCAAUGUAUCUCUACGGUAACCUAUAAAACCUUGAUUAAUGGGCAAACUUCAGAGAAAUUUGUGCCUCAUUGUGGAAUUCGUCAAGGAGAUCCAUUAUCCCCUUUUCUGUUUCUCUUCUGCAUGGAUAUUUUAUCAAGAAUGUUGCAGCUAGGGAAUGAUCUAAAGCAGUUUAAAGGUAUUAGUCUUUCAAGAGGGAGCCCGCAGUUGACUCAUCUUUUCUUUGCGGAUGAUGCUCUUGUUUUCUUCAAUGCUACAAAUGAGACUUGUGGAGUAAUUGCUUCCAUUCUACAACGUUUCUGUGGAAUAUCUGGUCAACAACUCAACCUGCAGAAAUCGCUCUUUAAAGUAAGUCCAAACACUCCAGUAGAGGUUCGACUUGGUUUUAAAGAUAUUUUGCAAAUGAAAUUAGUUCAAAACUUAGGUACACAUUUAGGGGUACCAAUAGAUUUGGAGGGGAAAAAGUACUCUAAUUUUCAAUUUAUUGUGGAUAAGGUUGCAUGUAAGAUUUCGGCUUGGAAUUCUUGCAACUUGUCUCAAUCUCAGAAACUAGUAUUGAUAAACUCGAUUCUUCUUGCUAUGGCUUCCCAUGUUCUUAGUUGUAUGGAGGUGCCAUUGGCAAUCACUUCGAAACUGGACUCCAUUAUUACUAGGUUCUUUUGGGCUGGGAAAGAAGGUUCAGGGUUACAUUGGGUGAAAAGGAGUACCUUACAACUUCCUCGAGGACUUGGGGGCUUGGGUGUUCGAAGUGUUUCUUGCUUGAAUAAAGCUUUGCUUAUGCGGCAAGUUUGGCGUUUAAAUAAAAACCCUAGUUCUUUGUUGGCACAAGAGUUCGACAGGAAGUUCUUAAAGCCCAUUAAAACUGGAAUCAAAGUUUCAUUUCUUGGUCGUCAUCUUUCUUGGGGUAUGAGAGGACUAGGUAGGGCUUCAAACCACAUUCUGCGAGGAUGUUUUUGGAAAGUAGGAAAUGGGAAAUCCAUAGUUGCAGGAAGGGAUAAAUGGGUUAAUGGUAAUACACCCAUUUUUUAUUCUAAUGUUUGCCUUAGACAAGCAAAAGACUGGAAAGUUCAUCAUUUUAUUCUACCUUCAGGGGGAGGUUGGAAUCAUGAGAAGAUUAACUCGAGUUUUGAAUACAGAGAUGCCAGAAGCAUAGUAGGUAUGGAGCUACCUUCUUUGGACCGAGAUGAUUUCCUUUAUUGGAAAUUUCAUAAGUCAGGCCAAUUAACGGUUAAGUCAGCCUACGCUAUGUUAUCAUUAGAAGAAUCAACAGAAGCUGGGCUUAAUUCAGAGGUUAAGUUUUUUAAACUCUUAUGGUCUAUGAAACUUCUCCCUAAAUGGAAGCUGUUCAUUUGGAAGCUACUUCACAAUGGUGUUGCCACUAAGGCAAACCUUGAAAGGAGAGGAGUUCAACUGUCUUCGAGGUGUGAGGUGUGUAGCUUAGAAGAUGAAGAUUCUCAACAUCUUUUUCGUUUUUGCUACAUUGCGCGUGAUGUUUGGAGGCAUGGGUCACUUGCUAUCCAUUCAAAUAUCAACGAAACUAUGUCUUUUCAAGAAUGGUUUCUGUUUUAUAUCCGACUAUUUCAUCGUCAGGAUGGUAUCCAUAGUCCAAGGAUUGUUUAUUUUAUAAGUACUCUUUGGAGCUUAUGGUUGGUUAGGAACAAAAGAGUAUUCAGGGGUGAAGUUUCUAAUACCUCAGCAGUUAUUAACCUUAUACAAAUAGGGUUGGACCAGCAUGCAAUUCUGCUUAAAAACCAGUCUCUCCAUUUAGGGUUUCUACAUCCUCCGGAGGGGGAUCCUACCUACCCACCGGGUUUCUCUAGAGUUAUUUUGACUGGGUUAGAAACACAAGAUCCUAUUUCGAUUAUAGUGGUCGAUGGCUCCUGGUUUAAGAAUUCAAAGAAUUCAGGUAUGGGUUGGUGUUUGGAUAGGGAUCAAAGUUCUACUGAUCGAAUUAUAGGGGGGGCGCAACAUGGAACGGCAUUUUCAGCGCUCCACACUGAGGUUUUAGCUUGUCUCUUAAGUUUGUGUUGGGCUUCUCAAGCCGGGCUAAGGAGAAUUACAGUUUUCACGGAUUCCCAAUGUCUUGUGGAAAUUCUUCGAUCACCAGACAUCAUGGACAUUCAACUCAUCUGGACAAUUGCUGAAAUUAAAAACAUCGGGAAAUCCUUUCUCUGGUGCUGCAUUAACAAGGUGGAUAGAUCAAGGGUUGAGCAGGCUCAUGUGCUGUCGUCAAAUUGCUCUCUUAAUUUUGAUUUGAGUGGUAAUAUCCAACAAUACAUGGUGUAUGAUCAAGACGUGUAG